AUGAGUCUGACCAUCUCCGCUUCCCAUCCACAAACUAUAAUAAAACUUAUCGUCAUUCAAACGAGUAAAUCAAAUUCCAUCGACGACACAACCCGUGAACGUGUAAUUUGCUCUCGGUGUAACUUCUUCUUUUUCUCCUCCAUCUUCCAACGACCACGCUACCUGGCUGCCCUCAUUCUCUUUGCGCAGCAAUCCUCAGAAAUCAGUCAACAAAUACAAAACGCUAAUCUUACUCAUAAUCAGCCAAGGCUAUAA